CUGAUAUUCGGUGAUUCCCAUUUCCCUGCAAGAUUCCAGAUUUCAGGUGGUUUUAUUAAUUUUAUUAUUUUAGUUAGAUAAACAUUUCGGUUUUCUGUAGUAAAAAUGGACAAAGUUUUUAAAAUUGUCGAGAAAAAUUUCAUAGCACUGCCUCCAGAAGAAGUCGAAGCAAACAAUCUAGUUCUCAAUCAGAUAUUGGACACCAUUAUUUCUGGCAUGAAAAAAGUGAAUCCUCUAUUCGAGACAUUGUUCAUAGAUAAAUUCUACGGUGGCAGCUACUGGGAUGGACUGAAAGUAUACAAACCAGAUGAAUAUGAUGUCCAUAUAAAAUGUUCUAUGUCCGCCUAUACUGACAGAUUAGAGCCCAGCAACGAGCCAGGCUGGGUCAACUUGAAGUUCACCAGACGAAGAAAUCCAAAUAAAAUACCAAAAAAAAGACCUAAACCAUAUUAUGGAAUUGCGGGAAUGCAUGUUUUGGUGAACAACGAAGAUUAUUUGGAUACUGAAAAAGUAAUGUUGUGGUUUCACCAAACUCUGUCUUGUGCAUUGGGAGGUGAAAAAAAGGGAAAAAAACGACAUUGCAAACUAUCAACAAGUCAUGGUGUUUUUAAUUUGAGUUUCUUCAGACACGGUCCUGCUUUCACAUUCCACGCCUCGGGAACCGCAGAGGAAACGCCAGUCGAGAUGGACAUAGAUUUUGUCCCCUGUUUCGAGUUCCCCAACGAUCAGUACCCCUCCAGAGGGUUCCUGCCCAACCCCUACCCCGACAAGGGGAUUUUCGUGGUUUGCAAACCGGUGAAAGGGAGCAACAAGGGCUCCAGGUAUUGGCGCAUUUCCUUCCAAGACCAGGAAAGGGAGUUGAUUAAGGGGAAGGAGAACCUGAAGCCUGCCCUCAGGCUGAUGAAGAAAAUGAGAGAUAAGCUGAAACAUACAUGUAUUGCCAGCUAUUUCAUAAAGAAUUUGUUUUUAUGUCAAAUACGUUUUCAACCAGAAUCAUUUUGGAGGGAACCACUCAGCAAUGUGUUCAUAACUAUGUUGGUAUAUUACCAAAACUGUAUAGCAAAUCGCUCAAUUGAUUUUUAUUGGUAUGCUGCUGAUAAUCUCAUAUCGCAUAUAAAACCAGAGGAUUUGGAAAACGUCAAUAAUGAUCUUCUGAGGGUUAUUUCUGACUUUCAAAAACAUCCUAAUGGAAGGAAUGUGGUGGCCAAGCACUUCCUCACAAGAAGUGAACUUCGAGACUUCAAAAAUAUAUUCAAAGAUUGAAAUGAGGUUGUUCAGUGUUUGUUUCAUUCUCUAGUGAAAGUCAGUGCCUUAAAGAAAUGUUUUUUUUGUUCUUAAUCAAUGAUAUGCAUAUGCAUACCUAGUACAUAAUAUGUGUAUACUACUUCUGUAUAUAUUUCCAUAGUUGUUUAUUGUUACUGCAACCAAUAUUUUCCAUUCGUUUUUUCAGUUUCAUCAUAUUUUUAACUUUCUAAAAAUGUACAUACUUUUUUAACUUUGAUUAUGUUUGUGACGGUUUAUGUUAGGGUGACUUUAUAAAAACUUUUAGUAUUUAAGAUUCAACAUUCAAACAUUUAAGAAUCAAGAGUCAUAAGUGGAUUCAGUCAUAAAAAAAUUUGGGACUUCUGUCAUUACUGACAUCCAGUUUCUGAUACAGAACCAGAUUUUCAAAGUUUAGUAUGUUAGAAACUGGUUGGAAAUAAAAAUUUCAUGUUCUGUUAU